AUGGCCCCGAGCUGGCUCUGCGACAAGAGCACAUCCCGGCGGUGCUACAGGCUGGAGCUGUGGGGUCUGGUCGCCGUAGGGCUCCUGGGGCUCUGCUACCUGCUCUACCACGAUGACCAGCUGUGGCCCAGGGUGGCCCCCGCGCCCAGGAACCUCCCCCCCCCCCCCCCGGGCAGCCCCCAGGCUCCCCCCACCCCGCCUCUGCCCACCCCUGCCCCAUGCGUGGCCAACGCCUCGGUGCACAACGUCUCCGGCUUCGCCAAACUGCCCGGCCAAGUGCAGGACUUCAUGCGGUACCAGCACUGCCGGUCCUUCCCGGCGCUGCUCGGCGUCCCCGACAAGUGCGGGGGGCCUGAGGGGUCCCCCAACAUCUUCCUCCUCUUGGCCAUCAAGUCAUCACCGGUGAACUACGAGCGGCGGGAGGUGAUCCGCAAGACCUGGGGGCAGGAGAGGACCUUCGAAGGAGCCUUCAUCCGCCGGGUCUUCCUCCUGGGGGUGGCCCCCAGCGCCCGGGAUGCCAAGAAGCUCAACCGGCUGCUGGAGCUGGAGCAGCGGGAGCAUGGGGACGUGCUGCAGUGGGACUUCAGGGACACCUUCUUCAACCUGACGCUGAAGCAGGUGCUCUUCCACGCCUGGCUGGAGGAGCACUGCCCCAGCGUUGGCUUCAUCUUCAAUGGGGACGACGACGUCUUCGUCAACACAGACAACGUCGUCCGCUUUGCCGUGGCCACCCAGGGCGCCCAGGAGCAGCACCUCAUGGUGGGGCAGCUCAUCGUUGACACCGGCCCCGUCCGGCUCCAGCGCAGCAAGUACUUUGUGCCCACGCAGCUCCAGGCCUCUGCACGGUACCCGCCCUACUGCGGCGGCGGCGGGAUGCUCAUGUCCGGCUUCACUGCCCGCGUCAUCUCCCGGGAAUCGCGGGACAUCGAGCUCUUCCCCAUCGAUGACGUCUACCUGGGCAUGUGCUUGGAGAAGGCAGGGCUCCUACCCACUUCCCAUGCUGGCAUCCGGACCAUGGGCAUGGGGGUGCUGGCCAACACCGACACCUUCGAUCCCUGCUACUACCGGGAGCUGCUGCUGGUGCACCGCUUCAUGCCCUACGAGACGGUGGUGAUGUGGCAGGGCAGCCACGAGCCCCAGCUGCUCUGUGGCAGGAAGGUGAGCAUCUUCUAG